AUGAGAAAAGACCUAUUUGCAUAUAUAGGAAUAUAUGGUAUAUCUUACACCAGCCUCUUUCUCCCGGCUGCCAUUGAGGACCGGAAGUGUCUUCGGAGAACCAAACGGACUGAGCCCUUUGCGCUCGCCUGGCCGUCCGCCGCUCCGGCGGACCCAGCCCCGCGCGUGCGCACGGCGGCGCCCGUCCCUCUUCCCAGAAUGCACCGCAAGAACCCGCGAGUGAGGCGGAAGUGCUGGGCGAGGAUGGGGCCAAGAUGGCGCCUGGCGCUCGGGGCGCUUUUGGGAUUCGUGGUUGCCCCUCCGUGGUCGGCCGAGGUGGUGCCUGAGAACGACGGAAAAGGCCCAGCCAGCUUGCUGGGCACCACCCCAUGUUGGCAGAGAGAGGAUUUCGUGGUGACGACGCAGUGCGCUCCCUGCACGAGUUUUCAGAUUAAAACCAUGUCAGAGUGCAGCGUCACCGGUUUUGUCGAGCAGAUCCACUGCGGGGCCUCCAAGAAGGGAGAAUUCAAGAGCUGCCGCUCCAUGGAGUUGGAGACGCGGAUCUUCUGGAAGUUUGAGGGCGCCAUGCUCGGCGCGGCCGCCGUCUUUGCCCUGCUGGUGGUCUGCCGGCAGCGGGUGCUGGACGGAAAAGCCUUGGAGAAAGUGCGCAAGCAGAUCGAAUCCAUCUAGCCGCAGGGGGACGGCCUUGCUUCGGCAAACCAAGGCGGAGAGCGACGGAUCGGAAGCCCCCGUGCGGAGGAACGGACCGGCAUCGUGGCCCUGGUCAAAAUCGCCUUCCUCUGCUCUCCACCGCCAGGGAGGGCUGCUCCCACGUGGACCGGGGGGCGCUUCAAUCUUCAGGGUGGUGGCGAAACGCGGGUGCCUCUCCUGCUUUGGGAAGACACGUGGCCUUGGCCCCCCUUCCCGGAUCCUUCCUCUCCGAGCCCGAUCUGGCCUUCCAAUCGUGCAGCUCUAACCCUUUUCUGGAACUUUGACCCGUUGCUGUGCUUUAAGCCUCAUUGCUGGACGUUUGUCGUUCGGACCAAGCCAGCCUCCUCCGUCGCUUCUCUGUUCCAGCCCUGGGGGCGAAUCGGUUUCCUCUCGCUUGUGAUUAAAGACUUCCCCGUUGAGCGUC